UAUAAAGACAGGCUCACCCAGACAACCUGCUUCAGACGCCUGAGGCAGACGCUGGACGACUGGCCGUCUUCAUCUACCAGAUCCUGACUAAUGUGAUGCUGCCUGGAGGACAAACUGGUACCAGCGUGAUGCUCCAGUAAAGGUUUUUGAUUUUCUGGACGUCAGGAUGGAAGAGCCUGAAGGUGGUAUUGCUGUGGUGGGCAUCGGGUGUAACUUCCCAGGGGGAGAGGGGCUUGAUAAUUUCUGGAAGGUUCUGGUGGAAGGAAGAAACUGUUCUGUACCGGUACCCAGAGAGAGGUUUGACUUGGCGAGUUGGUAUGACCCCGAUGAGAACAAACCGGGUAAAUCCCGCACAGCCAAAGCAGCUCUCAUUGACGGGUUCAAUGAGUUCGACCACAGGUUUUUCGGCAUCAGUGACAGUGAAGUGGAGCAGAUGGAUCCUCAACAGAAGCAGCUCCUUCAGUGCGUCUACAGAGCUUUAGAGAACGCUGGACUUCCUCUGGAGAAGGCCAGCGGGACCAGGACUGGAGUGUUUAUUGGUCUGAUGAACAGAGAUUAUGAAACGAAUGCAGCUCACGUCCACCCGAGUGUGAUCAACCACUGGACCGGCACAGGACUCGCCAUGAGCAUCGCAGCAAACCGAGUUUCCUACAUCUUCAACUUCACCGGACCUUCACUGUCAGUCGACUGCGCCUGCUCAUCGUCACUGGUUGCUCUUCAUCUCGCCUGCCAGGCCAUCAAACAAGGAGACUGUGAUAUGGCUGUUUGUGGAGGGGUCAACUGUAUCAUAGAACCGAGAGUGUUUGUGGCUCUCAGCAAGGCCAAGAUGAUCUCACCUGAAGGCACCAGCAAACCUUUCUCCAACAGAGCAGAUGGCUACGGUAGAGGAGAGGGCUGUGGGGUGGUUCUGCUGAAGCCACUCAAAAAGGCUGUUCAAGACCAUGACCACAUCUGGGGUGUUAUCAGCAAAACAGCUGUCAACCAAGAUGGACACACAGUCAGUCCAAUCACCAAACCCUCCAUGACGCAACAAGAGGAGUUGUUACGUCGGAUCUACUCACAAUCUGACAUCCAAAAAGUUCAGUACAUUGAGGCACAUGGGACUGGAACCCCAGUUGGAGAUCCAACUGAGGCAGGAAGCAUCUCCAACGUGGUCGCUAAAGCCAAACCUCCUGGUUCAGAGAUACUCUGUGUUGGCUCUGUCAAAAGCAAUAUCGGACACACAGAAUCUGCUGCUGGAGUUGCUGGACUUAUUAAGAUACUGUUGAUGAUGAAACACAAAACUAUUGUUCCUUCGGUUUUCUAUUCUGAAGACACUGCAAGUGUCGAUGCCAAAGCCCUGAACAUCAAGGUUCCUAAAGCAGCUGAAGCGUGGGAAGCCUCUGGUGACAGAGUUGCAGGAGUAAACAACUUUGGCUUUGGGGGAACCAAUGCACAUGCCAUUGUCAAACAGCACAAACAACCAUGUGCUAAGCAACACAAUGAUGGUAAGAAGACAAAAUAUUUUGUCUUAUCUGCAAAUUCACAAAAAUCUCUGACUCUGAUGAUGGAGGACACCAUCAAACAGAUAGAAGCAGAUGUCCAAGUUGAUCUAGAUGCUCUGUUGUACACAUCAGCCUGCAGGAGGAGCCACAAAAAACAUAAGUACAGAAAGGCCAUGGUGGUUUCAUCUGUAGAUGAUUUGAAAGACAAGUUAAGUGCCAAUAAAAGCAAAAAUGUCAGCCCAUCAUCUAUAGAUCCCAGGUUAGUGUAUGUGUUUUGUGGGAAUGGUGUCACUUACCAUGGCAUGUGCAAGCAGCUGCUAAAACAUGAGCCUGUUUUCAGAGAAAAGAUCAGUCAGAUUUCACAGCAUUUCCAAAAGCUGAGCACACUAAACAUCUUGGACAAACUUGAGAGUCAGACUGAGAGUAGUGAUUUCAAAAACCCAGAUGUAGUCCAGCCCCUUCUGUUUGCUAUUCAGGUUGGCAUUUUUACUCUGUUCAGACACUGGGGUGUCAAGCCUGAUGCCAUAUUGGGACAUUCAGUUGGAGAAGUUGCAGCAGCUCAUUGUUCUGGCAUUUUGUCUCUGGAAGAUGCAGUAAAAGUCAUCUAUUUCCGCAGUCUCCUCCAGACCAAAGUUACUGGGGGGAAAAUGCUUGUGAUCAGCAAUAUGCCUGUAUCAGAUGUGACAAGCCUACUUCCCAGUUACUCUGGUAAAAUAUGCCUUGCUGCUUCAAAUAGCCCACAAUCCUGCACCCUAUCAGGUGAUGCAGAUGCAAUUGAGACUCUUAAUAAGGAGCUGAGCAACUCAGUGAACAGUCAGAAUCUGUUCCUUCGAGUACUUGAUGUCCCUGCUGCAUACCACAGCCACAUGAUGGACCCAAUUCUGUCAGAAAUCAAGACAAAAAUAGGUUCCUUACAGGUUAAUGAUUUGGACACAGAGUUGUUCUCAACAGUGACAGGAAAGGAAGUCCAACAGGCUGAGUUCUGUUCAGGUGAAUACUGGGCCAGAAAUAUUCGUGAGCCGGUAGCUUUUGAGCAGGCAGUGAGGUCCGCAACUAAAGGAAUGAAGAAUACAGUCUUUGUAGAGAUAGGGCCAAGAAGAGCCCUGCAGAGAAACAUCAUGGAAUCUCUGGGUAAUGACGUAGCUGUUCUUGCCUCAGUGCAGCCAGGGAAAGAUCAUGAAACAGCAGUAUCUGUAGUUUCUAAGCUGUUUGAGCUGGGUGUCCAGGUAGACUGGGACACCUUCUACAGAGGAUAUGAGACAGAGCCCCUUCUUUUCCCCAGAUACCAGUUUGACUGCUCAGUCCGAGACGUUAUCAUUGGAGCAGCACAAAAAAACACAUCAAGUAACCAUCCUGUGCUCUGUCAGACAGGAAGUGAGAGCAAUGUUUUCAGCUGUGAUCUGAUGUCUGACUCCUCUUUUUACCUGAAACAACAUAAACACAAUGAUGUACCCAUCAUUCCUGGUGCCUUCCAUGCUGAGCUGGGUUUAGCUGCAUUCAUGGCCAGCGCCAAACCAAAGGUCCCUCUAAAGUCACUGCAACUCAGUGUCAGUUUUCACAGUCCAUUUGUUUUAAUGCCAAACUCACCAGAAAUGAAGGUGCAACUGGACCAAACAGAGGAAGAAACUAGGUUUACUGUGCUGUCACCAUCUGCAGUUUAUGCAUCUGGUACAGUGGUUUCAAAGAAGGAGCGGCUGGUUGAGGAGCAGUGCAUUUCACUAAAAUCCAUCUAUGAAAGAUGCCGCUCUGCAGUGAGCGCUCAGGAGUUCUAUGGGUAUCUCUCCCAGGGAGGCUUUCAGUAUGGAGAUGUGUUCCAGAUCAAAGGGAAUGUGCAUUAUGGGGAAGAUCUGAAAGAAGCUUAUUCACUGAUCAUAGUUCCAGAGAAACUGCGGCCUCAGUUGCAUGAUUACUGCAUUCAUCCAGUGGUUCUGGAUUUUCUGAUGCAGCUUCUCCCAGUAACAGUUGAGCACAUUUUUGCUGGUAGGCCAGGAUUUCCAGCCAAAAUAGGAAGCCUGACAGUGUUUGAACCCUUGGAAGAAGAGAUGGUUGUGUAUCUGAGAGCAAUUGAUGUGGAUGUUGAUCAGUUUGAGGUUUGUGGCUGCUUUGCAGAUAUGGAAGGUAGGGUUUUGGUUGAAGUUAAACAUGUGAUAAUCAAGUACCUUGGCAGCCGUUCUCAUGUGGUUGACGAGUACUUUUACCACAAUGACUUCAGUGUCAUUCCUGAAGGCACGGAACCCACUUCCCGUCCAAGGGCCUUGGUCUUCUGUGAUGACCUGGGUAUCUCCAGAGGUCUGGAACAGCAUUUGGACUCAAGGUCGAAAUACAUUUCAUCCAAACAUGCCAAAGACAUCUUGAGUCAUGGCUUCCCUACUCUUCUGGAGAAUCUUAACAUCAAAGAUAUUGAGAAAAACUUUGAUGAGGUGUUAUUUUUAUGGGGCAAAGAUGAUCUCUCAUCCAUGACAGCAGAUGUCGUCCUACAGAAUUUGGCAAACUGCUGUGAGAUUUUCCAGCAAAUAGUCCUAAAGCUGAAGCAAAUUCACUUCCCAAACUCUAUCAGAGCGGUAACGUACCGUUCCUCUGACAUCACAGUAGACCACAUAAGUCCAGGUUUUGCUCUCGCUGGUAUGACAAGAUCAGUGGCUGCCGAGAUACCAGAGCUUUCAUUUCAGCUCAUUGAUAUAAACAGUGUGUCCGCUCAGGACAUCGCAGCUCUUUCUCAGGUCCUAAGAGCAUAUCCUUGCAUUAAGUAUCCUGAACUGGUGGUAAAAGAUGGAAUGAUCUUGAAACCUUCCGUUGUCCGUACUCCACCUCAGGUCACUGACAGUACAGAGGGCACUUUUUCCACUACUAUGUCUGAUCCCUGCAUUUUUCAGACAGACAAUGCACACAGAACAACAAACGUGAGUGCCGUUCAUUGUGUCGAAGAGGUUCAGCCGAUAAGUGAGCAACUGGUUGAAAUUCAGCCCACUAACAUAUGUGUUCAUUCAUCUGACUACUUCCCUGUGAGUGCUUCACAUCUAAAAUUUGGCCAGACACUGUAUUGGAACAAACAUUCCUCUCAGAGGCACAAGCUGAUUGCUCUUGAUUUUAGUGGAACUAUUACAGCAGUCGGAAAAAAUGUCAGGAAACUGAAAGUAGGAGACCAUGUUGCUUCCUGUUAUCCAGUGACAGCAGCCAGCAAAGUCAGAGUUCCAGAAGAUGUGUGUUACAGUACCAAGCGAUUCCCAUUCUGGCAAAAAUCACCUUGUGUUUCCUACUUUGUUCUGGCGUGGGAGGUCUUACACCGAGCAUUACCAAGGCCAAAACAUCAUCUAGGAAUCAUAUCCUCUGUUCAUGAUUCUGUUCUGGUGAAAGUCUUGGCACUUACAGCUCACGAAUCAGGGUGGACUGUGGUUGUUGGAACACAAUGCAAUGGGUCUUUUGUAGAUGUCAGUAAAAUUGAAGCUUUUGUCAUCCUCCCUCCAUUUGAUGAAACCCUGAUCGCUAAAGUUGGCAGCUUUCCUGGUGUCAAAUACAUUGUCACUGUCUGUGAGUCCCAGCAGCAGUGUUUGCUUGCACAGGACAUGUUGCAAAGUAUAAAUGAUAGUGUCCACCUGCAGACAAUUCAAAUGCCAGUCAUUCUGCGAAAGGGAUACUUGACAACACAGAAGCCACAACUGUUGCACUGGCUGAAGUCUUUGAACUUCAGCAGGAAAUUUACUCUUGAAAGUUUUACUUUUCAAAGUCUGAAACCUGAAAACAUCAAGACCCUUGAUUCAGAAAAAUCUGAAUCAUACUUCAACUCAACAAAAGUGCCUGUUGUGGUUUUGGGAAAAGAUGACAGUGUAACCCAAUCUGACAUACCAUUGCUGCCAACAACAAAAAAGCUCUUCCAUAAGCAGGCACUCUACAUUGUGGUAGGUGGUCUCUCUGGUUUAGGCUUUGAAACUGUCAAGUUCAUCUCACAAAAAGGAGGUGAGUACAUUGUUAUACUGUCAAGAAGCAAGCCUAAUCCAGAUGUGCAGCAAGAGAUACACAAUUUAGAGAAGCGGUGUGGAAACUGCAUCACUACCAUGGAGUGUGAUGUAUCUGUCUCUGAGCAUGUGCACAGGGUGGUCCGAGCCAUUGGCCAGAAGUUCCCUGACUGUCCAAUCAGAGGAGUUUUUCACAGUGCAGUUGUUUUGCAUGAUGGUCUGAUUGAGACCCUUGACAGAUCUCUCUAUGAGAAAGUUUUCAAACCCAAAGUAAACGGUGUUCUGAAUUUGCACAAUGCAACACAGCACUGCCAGCUCGAUUACUUUGUGUGUUUCUCAUCUAUCUCAGCCUUUCUAGGAAACGCAUCACAAACUAAUUAUGCAGCUGCCAACACAUUCCUAGACACGUUCUGUCAGUACAGGCGCAAACUUGGUUUGCCAGGGCAGUCAAUCAACUGGGGAGCUCUGAACCUUGGUCUCCUCCUGAAUAAAGAACAUUUCCAGAAGUUUCUGGAAGCAAAAGGGAUGAUGGUGCUGGAUGUGGGUGAGAUUCACAGAAGCUUGGAGCAGUGCCUUGUCCUCAACCGACCCCAACAGGCAGUUUGCAGGUUUCACUACAGAAACAUCAGGUACACCGUCCUGUCCCAAAAUCCUGCGUUGAGCAAUAGGCUGUUUUCAAUAGUAGAGCAGGUGUUCCUAAAAUCCACAGAAACCCAUGUGGAACCAAAACUGACAGAUUCAGUCUCACCAGAAGAGUAUGUCAACUCUCUCCUCAGUAAAACCAUUGGUAUGGACGAGAGUGAGCUGAAAGAGGAAUUGCCUCUUUCAUCCCUAGGAGUUGACUCCAUGCAGGCCAUGACUCUGCAAAAUCUCAUCUUUCAGGAGAGAGGAGUGAAUUUGCCUUUGGUGAAACUUUUAGAUCCCACUGCCACAAUAUCAUCACUAGUAGCAUUAUUAAUAUGAGGGUUCUGGGAGUGAUAUCAAGGGUACUUUCCUGUUGUAGAAACAGAAAAUGUCUCAGACUAACUACAAAAAUAAUGUGCCCACACUUGAAAACCCUCGGCCUUCAGUCCACGCCAAAAUUUUUCACAUAUGGACGGACAGAUGGAUGGCCAGACGAAUCAACAGACAGGCGAGAAACUGAUAACAAUACCCUGCAGCGAAUGCUAAGGGUAAAAAUGUGAAAGCCACAGUCAGUGCAAGAGGUUUAUAUUGUGGUUUUGAGUUUUCCUUGUGUAUUUCUGUGAUAAACUAUGAUUCCUUUUUUGUUUUGUGCCUAUAUUAUAAUUAAUUUGAACUCAUCUAUUAAAUACUCAAACUUGUAUAUGUAUUUCAUUCAGCUUUGAGUCCAGGAUGACCCUGAAAACAUUUAACAAUGCAAUUCCAUAUACAAGCUGUAAUUUGAUUUCUUUUUUUUAAUUAUUAUUUUAAUGUACACUUACUAAUAAAUGUAGAUGUAAGUUGAGAGCAUAUAAUCUUGUACUACACAUUUUCAAUAAAGCUUUAUCAUUAAUCCGU